AUGUCCUUAGUCCGUUUGCCUACAGAGCUCAUGUACAUGAUUGUCGCUUCUCUUGACUUUCAGCAUGAUAUUAAUUCCCUGGCCCGGAGCUCUCGGCAAUUGUAUGCCAUCCUCAACCCAUACUUAUACCGACGUGACUCAACACAGCAUGAAAGUUGGGCUUUGCUUUGGGCUGCGAAGCACGGGAAAGAGGCUACUUCUCGCAAAUGCAUUGAGCACGGG